UUUUUUUUGGUUUGUUUGUUUGUUUUGUGGUGUGCGAUCCCCACACUCAUGAACAUACACAGGUCUACCCCUAUCACAAUAGCGAGAUAUGGGAGAUCGCGGAACAAAACCCAGGAUUUCGAAGAGCUGUCGUCUAUAAGGUCCGCUGAGCCCAGCCAGAGUUUCAGCCCGAACCUUGGCUCUCCGAGCCCGCCCGAGACUCCGAACUUGUCGCAUUGCGUUUCCUGCAUCGGGAAAUACUUACUGUUGGAACCUCUGGAGGGAGACCACGUUUUCCGCGCUGUGCAUCUGCACAGUGGAGAAGAGCUGGUGUGCAAGGUGUUUGAGAUCAGCUGCUACCAGGAGUCCCUAGCCCCCUGCUUCUGCCUGUCUGCCCAUAGCAACAUCAACCAAAUCACAGAAAUCCUCCUGGGAGAGACCAAAGCCUAUGUGUUCUUUGAGCGAAGCUAUGGAGACAUGCAUUCCUUUGUCCGCACUUGCAAGAAGCUGAGGGAGGAGGAGGCAGCCCGACUGUUUUACCAGAUUGCCUCGGCUGUGGCCCACUGCCACGAUGGAGGGCUGGUGCUGCGUGACCUCAAGCUACGGAAAUUUAUCUUCAAGGAUGAAGAGAGGACUCGUGUCAAGCUGGAGAGUUUGGAAGACGCUUACAUUCUCCGGGGUGAUGAUGACUCCCUCUCUGACAAGCACGGCUGCCCAGCGUAUGUCAGCCCAGAGAUCUUAAACACCAGCGGCAGUUAUUCUGGCAAGGCAGCGGACGUGUGGAGCCUGGGGGUAAUGCUGUACACCAUGUUGGUGGGGCGUUACCCUUUCCAUGACAUUGAGCCUAGUUCCCUCUUCAGUAAGAUCCGCAGGGGCCAGUUCAACAUUCCAGAAACUCUGUCUCCCAAGGCCAAGUGCCUCAUCCGAAGCAUCCUGCGACGGGAGCCCUCAGAGCGGCUGACCUCGCAGGAAAUUCUGGACCAUCCUUGGUUUUCUACAGAUUUUAGCGUCUCGAAUUCGGGAUUUGGUGCUAAAGAGGCGUGUGACCAGCUGGUGCCAGACGUCAACAUGGAGGAGAACUUGGACCCUUUCUUUAACUGAGCUCAAUGUCCAGGGACACAUAGCAGGUACCAGGAGCAAGAGAGAGCCCCAGAAAGGAGUUCUGGGACACAGGUGGCCUGGCUGAGAAGCAAGACGAACACUCAUAUUUACACAUUUCUUGGUUCAGAGAAGGAAUAUGUUCUAAGAGCUGACGGAACACAUAGUGUGGGAACAAGACGUGUGGGAUGGGGGUUGGGUUCAGAUGGAUGGGAGCCCCUCCCCUAAGCUUCUCUUCCCUGGGGUAAUCUGGGAGUCCCACUUACCAGUAUGGCUAUCUGGUCUACCCCACUUUUCAUUUUGUUCAGAAAUAGUUGCAGAUCUCGAUAGAAUCGAAACUCUUCUGCCUCAAACACAUACCUUGGCAUUGCACUGUUAGCAUUUAACUUCUUGUUAUGAUUCAGGGAAGGGACAAUUGAUCGAAGAUUUUUUGUUUUGUUUUGUUUUGUUUUGAACAGGCCAACCACCUAUGUAAUAAUUAAUAGGAUUCACCUAAAAAAAAAUAAUAAUUCGGUGCACACAGACUUACCGGAAACCUGGGUGCUAAACUAAAAGAAAACAAAAGUUCCAGUUGUCGUCUCUCAUUCGCACUUUCCAAUUCAUUUCUUCUAAAUAAACGAUUUCCUAUUCUUUUUAGGAAGUGACAUAUUAACGCUUUGCUCCCUGAAGGGGGAGGAGGAGUCUGUUCCUCAACAGACGGCUCUGUUUUGUAUCAGCUGGUUUUUGUAGCAGGAACCUAUUAGAAGUCAAACUUCCAGAUGUAUUAUCACAGUCCAGGGGAAGAAGAAAGGAAAAGAGAAGAAAAAUCCAACUCCUUUCUGGUUUUUGUUCUUUUGAAGGAAGAGAGUUCACAUUAUAGACAUUGCUCUCUGCUCCAAAUACAGUGAGGGGUCCCAGAGGGCAGGCGCCUCCUGGAGUCAGAUCUUUUUGAUGAUGCUGAUCUCAACGUUUUGUUUUUGCUUUAUGGGAAACUAGUAAAAUGAGACAGGUUGUCCCAUGUGUAUAAAAUACAGGGCAGCUAUUUCCUUGUCUUUGCUAAGAAUGAUCCUUUGGGCUUGGAAAGGCCCUCUGGUUUUGAAGAGAAAGAGUAAAAGGGCAAUAAGCCAAAAGCCAGGAUGAUAUACAUACAAACAGCUCUCUGUCCCAAUGCGCACCUUGUAUUUAUUAAGGAAAAUGUCACAUUGUGAUGUAUUAAGCCAGUACUUCAAUUACGGGUCAACGGGAUGACAUGUUACAUGCUGUAGUUUAACAUUUAUAAUUUUGUUCCCCUGUUUUGAGUAUUUCUGUCCCUGGGAUAACCUUUUAUUUGGCUUUCUCUAGGUAGCCUUAUUUGAUUUCGAGUGGCAAAAUAUUUUCCUUUUGUACUCUGGCUUUUCUAUUGCUGUAUGAUACAGAACUCUUUUGGCAUAAAUAUUUGUGUUCCCAGUACCUCAGUCGUUUGGGUUUUACUGCCUGCAUAUGUUUUGUGAAAUGGUCCUGUUUUUUGGGUAGGUAACACGUGGACUCUAGUAUGUAAAUGUUACUUGAAUCUGUGCUUCACUCUAGUAUGUGGCAUGUGUGUGCGGACUCUUGGAUGCUUCAUGCCUACUCCACUGGAGCCCCUGUCCCCAGGAGGGAAGCUUCCCCAUUGAUAAUCAGGAGACAAAGCUGCCAUGGAUUUACCCUUGAUUCUAUUUUGAUAAUGGAAGAUACACAGAGAGGGUUUUUACUUUCAGAAGAUGGUGCUGUGGCAAGAAGGACCUUUUAUUGUCCCUCUCCCCUGUUUUUAAAGUCCUGGGUGGGAGGAAAGAUUGGUAACAUGCAUGAUGGGGACUAAUGGCCUCUGGUGCUUUGUCCUGUAUUUGGUUUAAUGUUUUUGUCCUAAUCUCUUCAAUCAAUAAAAUUGUGCGUAUUUAACUAAAA